UUUCAAUCGAAACCUGGGCCUGAAAAUGAUCAUGUAACUGCUUAGGAAUUUUUAAUGGACUUGCCUUCCACUGUUGAUUGUUUUUGCAAAAAUUCAAGGAAAUAUGGACGUUAACAAACGAUAAAGAAUAAAUGAGAGGAUAAAAUCAAAACUGUUGGAGAUAGAGUUGGUUGUUUGUUUGUUUCUCUAGACUUCCAUGUAGUUUUCGUUAGAAGAGAAAUUAAUUGCGACAUGAUUAUAAAGUGGAGCACUUUUUACGCAGUUACCUUAUUGCUGUGUUUAACAUGGGGAACUGGAAAUACAAAGAGAAGACAAGGAGUUAUCAAUCCGAAUUUAGUUCCAGAGAUUAUAACAUCAGCGAUUGCUGGGGGAAGGGUGGCCGGCGAUGAAAAGAAUAAAAAAAGUGCAAUAAGCGGAAUUCAUCUUAAAGAGGCAACUGAUGCCAUAAACAAGUUGGUAGAUGAAAGCAUAGUUGACAGAGUUCAGGAAGCAGAGAAAGAGGUUUCUCAUAUGCUGUUGAAAAGCAUAGAAAGUCAUAUUCAAGAGGCAGGAAAGGUCCUGCUAAAAGAAGAUGAAGUAACCUGCAAAGAUAAACUAUCCCACUGCAAGGAGCUGAAGAAAGCUGGCGUCUGCGAGACAUCAAAAGAUGCAAUGGUUGUACAUUGCCCAAACACAUGCAAGUUUUGUGACUUGGUGCACAAAGCGAAAAAAGGCAAAAGCAAGAGCGAAGAGGGAGAUGAGUCAGAUCUAGACAAGUUAGAAAGUGCUGCCCAGAGAGUCUUCCCAACCAAAAAGAAGUCAAAGAAGCACAAGAAAGUCGUUGUGAAGGCCAACCAUCUUUCCCCACACGAAACACAAGCCAUUCACCAAAAAAUGCUCGAAGCAACGAAAGACGGUUCGUCACUACCAGCACAAGCACCUUUCAACCCUCAGCCAAUACAAAUGCCAAACAUAUACGGUGGAGUGCCAGCAAAUGGAUUCCAGCAGUCAUUUCAGCAAAUGCAACCAUUUCAGCCAACGACGUCAUUCAAUGAGCCAUCUGCACAAAGAGAUGAGACUUCUAGCGAUGACAAUGAAUAUGGUCUUGACAAUAAUGAGUCACCAGAAACAACAGUUGUGCAUAAACUUAAAAAGAAAGCUCAUAAAAAGCAACACCACCAUCGUCGUCACCAUUUUCACAAGAGCGAUGACAAACCUGUAAAUGUUUAUGACUUGGGAAAAGUGAAAUUAGAAGAAUACUUAAAGGAAGAGUGUCACCCAUUAUGUGCAGAGGACUGCAUCUCAUCUUGCGCACCAGGAUGUUGCAAAAAGAAGGCAGUUGUGAAAAAGAGCCACAAGAAGCCCAAAAAGAGAUGCGCGCCAGCUUGUGCCAAAGUUUGUUUGCCAAUGUGUGAUCCUGGCUGUUGUCCUCCUGCAGCACCCCAAGUGCCAAGUCUGCCUCCAAACACAGGAAUGGCUCCAUUGCCAAGGCUUUGCCCUCCAGGUUGUCCCUCGGAAUGUGCACCAGCAUGUGCAGAUGAAUGUUGUGGGUAUGCCCAACCAGCAAUGCCGAUGCCGAUGCCGAUUCAAAUGCCAAUGCCGCCACCUCAAGUUCCAGCACCAGGUGGAAUGCCUCCUAUGGUCAUCUGUGCUGCAGUCUGUCUACAUUUCUGUGCCCCCGAGUGUGCACCUCAAUGUUGCCCUCCAACAGCACUGCCAAUGCCACCACCAAGUCCAGUAUUCAGGCCGCAUAUUCUUCAUUGUCCUGCUCCUUGCAACCCAAGCUGUGCACCUGCAUGCCUACCUGGAUGCUGUGAAGGCAGGCUUCCGAUUCCAGCUAUGAUGCCUCGACCACCGCCACCUCCUCCACCACCACCUCCCCCUCCACCACCUCCACCGCCACCACCGCCGCCAGUUAUAAUUCCUCCUCCAGCUACAUGUCCAAGUCCAUGCCCUGGAGCCUGUGCACCAUCGUGUGAUUUUGACUGCUGCAAACCAUUCUUAGACUCUACCAUCGUACAACAGAUGGAACAAGAUAUGAUGAAUGCUAUUAAUCCACCACCAUCAUGCAACCCUAGCUGCAUGAGCCACUGUGCAGCUUCCUGCCCACCUCCAUGCUGUGGAUCAUCACCACCGCCACCACCACCUCCACCACCAUGCCCUUCAUCUUGUGCAGCAUCGUCAUGUGCCCCAAGCUGUCCUGCAUCCUGUUGUCCCCAACCUGCACCAGCUCCGGCACCAGUUACCAAAGUCAUCCAUAUCCAACAUGUGUUUUCGCCAAGUCAAGGAGCUACAUCGACGCCUUCAUGCCCUGCAGCUUGUAAUACCCACUGUGGACCAGCCUGUGCAAGGGACGGCUGUUGUGUAGAUAAGAAAAAGCGAAAGAAGAGCAAAAUAGAGAAGCCGGUAAAAAAACAGAAGAUCGAAGCUGUCGAUGAUCAAGAAAGCGGUGACGAAUCAAGUUAGGUACAAAACGAUCACAACGAAUUGCGAAUAACAGCCUACAGUGGAUAUCUAUCCUAAAAGAAGAUGAUAAAUGGGGAAAAAGGGUUAUUUCGCGUAGACAAUUCUACUAAACGUGAAAAUAAGCGUGAAAACCUGUACAGAUAUGAAGAAAUUUUUAAGGUCAUUUUUCAUCCAUAGAGUGUCAAUAUUAAAGACAAAGGUAUUUAAAAAAAUUCAGAUAACAGUCCAGUAAUAAUAGUCUUUGAAGCUUAAUUUCUACCAGCGAGAAAAUGCAAUGUACUGUUCGACCUAUUCACAUAUGAUUUCAUCGGGUGCAUCUUUGCAUUUCAAAUACAAAACGUUCAAGGAAAAAAACUGUAACAGGCCACAUAUUUACUUAGAAGGUAUUCUGGAGCAAAAGGCCUUCGAUGGAAAUCGUUGGCGGAUACUCUGUGGAAAAGAAAGCGAGCAGAAAAGUUUUAGCUAUAGCGUGAAUUGUUGUAAACCUGUGGUUUGAUGGGGUACGAUACAUUAAGCCUAAAUAGAAAGAUAAAGCACGGGAGAAAGUCGUAUGAAAGCAAGUCGUACUGUAUAAAAUAGUCUGAAAUAACAAAUAUAGUAGAGUGAAAACGGUCAUUAUUGGGACCAGAUAUAUUUCAUUAAGGAGGUCGCUCGAUGCUGCUCCAAGAAUAUAUCAGCUCGUUGCAUUGAUGAGUUUGUGAGAGGGAUUUGUAUCUUAAUCUUUACUUCAAUUCGCUGACUUUCAUUCACUUUAAUUUUGACAAUAGACAUUCUUCAUUGUAACAACAUCCCAAUGAUUUUUAGGGAUGACAUGUAGCAAAUUGGUGUAAUUUCUAAGCCAAUCUGAACAGUUUCGGCACGAAAAACACUUUCUAUUUUCAUUGUUCACAGAAAUGUUGACGUUCGUCUUAGAUCUAAAUAAAUACAGGCAAAGUAGACUGUAUGUACAUCAUUAUAAUUACUCAUUUCAACGAAAUGCUUAAACCAUCGAAAAACCUUUGCGUUUAUAAAUGUGUAUCUUUGUUUUAAAAGGAAUUAGUUUUUAUAAUUACUGUAAAUUAUACAA